GAAAAUUAGAUCAUUAGUAUUGUAUUGUUAAUUGCUGCAUCAUUUGAGUUUUCGAUUCUAUUAUUUCGCAGGUUCGUUUGCAUCUUCUUACAGCCGUAAUGAAGUGUUUCUUGAGAAGGCCACCUGAGACUCAGAAAGCCUUGGGAGUUGCUUUGGCUGCUGGUCUUGCUGAUUUUCAUCAGGAUGUUCAUGAUAGAGCCUUAUUCUACUACAGACUUUUGCAAUAUAAUGUUUCUGUAGCAGAAAAUGUGGUGAAUCCUCCGAAGCAAGCCGUUUCUGUCUUUGCAGAUACUCAGAGUAGUGAAAUCAAAGAUCGGAUAUUUGAUGAAUUCAACAGUCUAUCUGUUAUAUACCAGAAGCCUUCCUACAUGUUUACUGAUAAGGAGCACCGAGGCCCAUUUGCUUUUUCAGAAGAACUAGGAAAUCUAUCCAUUGGAGUUGAAUCUGUCAGUAAUGUAGUGUCUGCCCAGAUGGUCGAGGCAAAUGACAACGAUCUCCUUCUAAGUACUUCAGAGAAGGAAGAAAGUAGAGUUCCCAGUAGCAAUGGUUCUGCAUAUAGUGCUCCUUCAUAUGAUGCCUCUACAAAUCAACCAUUACCAGCACAUUCUGAGCAAGCCAGCUUGGCCAUUGAUGAUCUCCUCGGUCUAGGAUUGGCAAUUGCACCUAAUCCUGCUCCUUCACCACCACCUUUGAAGCUUAAUGCAAGAUCUGUUCUAGAUCCAAGCACUUUUCAGCAGAAAUGGCGCCAACUACCAAUAUCAGUAUCACAGGAAUACAAUAUAAAUCCACAAGGAGUGGCAGCAUUGACAACCCCUCAAGCCCUCCUCCAGCACAUGCAAGGACAGUCCAUCCACUGCAUUGCCUCAGGUGGUCAAGCCCCAAAUUUCAAAUUCUUCUUCUUUGCACAAAAAGCAGAGGACUCGUCUACCUUUCUUGUAGAGUGCGUAAUCAACUCGUCAUCAUGUAAAGCUCAACUAAAGAUCAAAGCUGAUGAUCAGACUACGUCUCCGGCCUUCUCAGCUUUGUUCCAAUCAGCUUUGUCCACAUUUGGUAUGCCCUAGUCUUUCGUCCGUGUCUUCAUCACUACACAGAUAAGUUUUGAUUUAAUUCCCGUUAUCUAAUGAAAAAAUGAGAGUUUUUUCUACAGCAUUAGAUUAGUGUACAUUAUGAGAGAAGAUCAAGGAUUGUCGUUCUUGGCCCGUGGUUGGUUGAUAUCCGACCCUAACUAAAGUUACAGCUUGUUUGAUUGCAGAAAACCAUAGUUAUUUUUUUUCCAGUUAGGUUCUGCACCAUGAAAUUGUGUGAAAGUGAUAUAGUUAAUAUUUUUUCAGUUAGGCACCUUGAACUUGUGUGAAAGUGAUAUGUGAUUAGAAUUCCCAACUGGGUUGUAACCAACUCUGUUUUUCUUAGAGAACUUUAGGGUGGUGUUUGGAUUUUGGAUUUGUGGAGAGUAAAGAAAAAGAAAAGGGAAAAGUGAAUCAAAUAUUUGUUUUCUUUCAUAAAUUCCUUUUCUUUUA